AUGGCCGCUUUGUUGAGGUCGAUUCAGGUUCUGGCAGUGGCGCAGGAGCAUCCACGUGUCGUGGUGCUUACUGCAGGCGCCCAGGAAGCUGAUGUUAAUCGUGAAAUGGGACGUGGCUUGAUGGGGGCAGCCGCUUGGGGCUUCAUGCGGUCUAUUCCUCUGGAAGCACCCCAGCUUCGCACACGGUUUGCAGCAUGUCACGAGUCCUCGAGGCCAGCUUCCUACGAAGAUGACAUUGAGUUUUGGGCGCAGAGCCUCUGCAAAGAGCUCUCAAGCGAGACGGAGCGGGAAAUUGUGUACACGCGUGAUCGCCUCACCAGAAGAGACGAGAUGUCGAAGGGAAGCCUGGAAGCUUUGCAAUCACUUGACAUCACCGUUCGCACCUGUGCAUGUGAUGUUGCUCAGACAGACGCUGUGGCUGAUUUGCUUCUCCGCAAUUGUGUGGGCGGAAUCGUGCAUGCUGCGGGUGUCAUCGAUUUCGUGGAGCUGAAGGCUGCUGCUAACUUGCCCUUCGUCAGCUUGAACUUGGGCCCAGUGGCGGAGGACAAGUUUGGCCAGGCGGACUCCGCAUUGCGGCUGACCCCUCCGAAGCACUUCCAAGCCGCAAUCCGCCGAGUGCUGGAGUGCGCCGGGACAUGCCUGCCUUCAUCCGUAUGCUUUGCACAGGUCGACUGGACCCGAUUCCUACGUGAGCUUGGGGCUGACAUUGCUAUCCUUGAUAAAUUCAGUGAGGUGGAUGUUACUAGCAGAAGUGCAGCUUCGCCCUUCCAGAGUUUGGCGGGCGAUGAGCUGGAACAGCAAUUGGGUGAAGUGGUGCAGGAGAUUGCGCAACGCUUCCUCUCGGAGGACCAUUCUGCAGACUCGCCCCUCAUGGAAUCAGGCUUGGAUUCGCUGUCUGCCAUUGACUUCCGAAAUUCUGUGGCCAAAGAGUUGGGUGUCAAGCUGCCCAGCACCCUCAUGUUCGACCAUCCCACCACGAAAGCUGUGGCAGCCUUCGCCGCCAGUCUGAUUAGCUCGAAGCCGGCUGGGACCCCGGCUGUUCCAGCUGCCCAAAGCUCUAUCGCGGGCACUCCAUGUUUUGGAGACAAGGAUCCUUUGGCUGUCGGGUCAGGGGCUUGCCGCUUCCCACUGGAAGGGACAACACCCCGGCAGAUGUGGGAUGCUCUGGCAGAAAAGAUCGAUGCAGUAACUGAGAUCCCCGCAGACAGGUGGGAUGUGGACGAGUACUUCGACUCGGAUCCGGAAGUGCCAGGCAUGAUGACAGUCCGGCAUGGGGCAUUUGUGAAAGGGGCCGAUCUCUUCGAUGCUGCCUUCUUUGGCCUAAGCCCUGUGGAGUCUAAGAUAAUGGAUCCUCAACAGCGUCUCCUGCUGGAGGUCGUCUACCAGUCUUUCCAUGUAGCAGGCAUGCCAAUGACUGCGCUCACGGGCAUGUCAGCAUGUAUCACCGUAGGCCAAUGCCACCAGGAUUGGGGUCAUGUUGGUUUCGGCACCGAUUCUUCUUCUCUGAAGAAGAUUGGAGCUUACACUGGCUUGGGAGUCUCCACGGCAGUCUCUUCCAAUCGCGUGUCCUACCUUUUGGGCCUCAAGGGUCCGAGUGUCACCGUGGACACGGCGUGCUCUUCCUCUCUCGUUGCGGUGGAUAUAGCAGUGUCAGCCCUUCGCCGCGGCAGAUCGACAGUUGCAGCCUCGUCCGGAGUAAAUCUCUGCCUGCUGCCAGCCCCUUUCGUGGCAUGCAGCAAGGCCCACAUGCUUUCGCAGGAUGGCCGCUGCAAGACUUUUGAUGCCUCUGCCAACGGCUAUGCCCGAGGAGAGGGCUGUGGCUCGGUGACACUCUCCCUCUCUGAGACUAGAGCCACGGUGGUGCUGAGAGGCUCUGCUGUGAACCAGGAUGGUCGCAGCUCCUCCCAAACAGCACCACACGGACCGUCCCAGGAGGCAGUCAUGAGGACGGCUCUGUCUGAGGCAGAGCUGGAGCCCAGCUCUGUUUCGGCCGUCGAGACGCAUGGGACCGGGACAGCCUUGGGAGAUCCUAUCGAGGUGGGAGCCUUUCGAAAUACCCUUCGUGAAGGCCGCCACUUGGAGGCAGCUGCGGGACUGGCAGGAUUGAUGAAGAUCAUAUCUGCGCUGCCCCUUCGGAUGGCGGCGCCGAAUCUUCACUUCCAGAGCCUGAAUCCUCACUGCGACCUGGAGGAUUUCCCAACCGUUAUUCCAGUGGAGCUUUCUGAAUUGGCCACUGUGGCAAGCCAUGUGUCCUCCGGCCUCUCUUCCUUUGGCUUCGGCGGCACGAAUGCACAUGUGGUGCUGGAAGACAGUGCAGAAAGACCUUCUGUGCUGGUGGAAGCUCCUAUUUUUAAGCGCCAGUCCUUCGCAUGGCAGGCUCAGCGCCAUGCGCUGCUCACAAAGACGAUGCGCACAGCUGAGGGAUCCCAGGUCUUCUUACGACCCUUUUCGGGCAAACUGCUGGAGCUUGUUAGCCACCACAUCAUUUUUGGAGAGAUUGUCGUGCCGGGCGCAACCUACAUCGAAAUGGCGCUCGGCGUCGGGGUAGUUCACUUCGGCGGUCGGGACAAGCAGUGGAACAUCCGCAAGGUUGGUUUCACAUCACCGCUCGUCCUGAAGCAGUUGGACACAGGCGAGCUGACCCGAGACGUGAGCUUGCAGCUUGGCUUAAUCGCCCUUGACGCUUACGACGGGUCGAUUUGUGUGCUGUGUUUUGGUUGCCGGCAGAGUGGCCAAAUGCCACUGUGGGUAUGCUCUGCCGGUCCAAUUGUAGGCUCGGUGACGAAAGGUUGUGUCUAUGUUGCGCCUUGCGCCUAUCGAGACUACCGAAAAGUGCAGGCGUGUGAAGUUGUCUGCUUCAAGAACGCCCUGCAAUCCUGA